AUGUUUGUCAGCUCAUUGCUAUAUCUUUUUGGGGCUGUAACGAAUUUUCGAAAAGCCCUAAAACUGCUCAUUGUUGCUGUUUUUAUAAUAAUAUCCAGCCAUUUAUGCUACGCGGUUGACGACGCAUGUCCUGUAAGCAGCUUUAGAAGUUCCUUAGGCGAAUUUUGUCAGUCAGGCUGCGAUAAAAAAUGGCCGCAGGUCAAGAAUCUCCACUGGACGAAGAAGAAAAGGAUUUUGGUGACUGGAGGUGCUGGAUUUGUUGGCUCUCAUUUAGUGGAUCGAUUAAUGCAAGAUGGUCAUGAAGUUAUUGCUCUAGACAAUUUUGUUACCGGUAAACGACGAAAUAUUGAACAAUGGAUUGGACAUAGUAACUUUGAGCUUAUACAUCAUGAUGUUACCAAUCCUAUAUAUGUGGAAGUCGAUGAAAUUUAUCAUUUAGCUUCACCAGCAUCUCCUCAACACUAUAUGCACAAUCCUAUACGUACUAUCAAAGCGAAUACUUUGGGCACCUUGAAUAUGCUGGGCUUAGCUCGGCGUACUCAUUCGAAAUUUCUGUUUGCUUCAACUUCUGAAGUCUAUGGAGAUCCUGAAAUUCAUCCUCAACCUGAAACUUAUUGGGGUCAUGUAAAUCCAAUUGGACCAAGGGCUUGUUAUGAUGAAAGUAAACGCCUUGGGGAAACUAUGACUUAUGCUUAUUCAAGAUAUCUUAAUCUACCCGUCAGAGUUGCUCGUAUUUUCAACACCUAUGGACCAAGAAUGCAAAUCAAUGAUGGUCGAGUGGUUACCAAUUUUAUUACACAAGCAUUGAAUAAUGAAUCGAUUACGAUUUAUGGUACUGGCGAACAAACACGGUCGUUUCAAUACAUUAGUGAUCUUGUCGAUGGUCUUGUACGCUUAAUGGAAUCUAAUUAUACAACGCCUGUGAAUCUAGGAAAUCCUGUUGAAUUCACAAUGAAUCAACUAGCACUUAUGGUAAAGAAUUUUACAGGUAGUAUCAGUGAGAUUAUUUACCAGCCUUCGCCUAUCGAUGAUCCACAACGUAGACAACCGAAUAUCAGCAUAGCUAUGAAACAUUUGGGAUGGAAUCCCGUGAUCAAUUUACAAGAAGGUUGA